AUGGACUUAAUUUGUCAAAGUGUGUCAAUGCAACGACGACCACAUCGAUCAAACUCUUCGAUUCCUGCCAAAAAUAAGCAAUGGCAAGUUCGUGGGAAACAGCACACUAAGACUCCUAAUAAUGUACUACGAGAUAUUUCAAAUUCAUCUGGUCUUAUGAAUACUACCCAUAAUAUUCAUGAUAACCUUCCACCUAUAACGUGUAUGGUGUGGAAUGUACAAGGAGCCGGGAGUCGGGAAAUUAUUCAAACUCACAAACCAAUGGUCUUAGCCCUAGUUGAAACGCAUAUGGGGGGACAACAGGCCUCGAAGAUUGCAACAAUGUUACAUUACAAUGGUCAUACUCGUGUCGAUGCUCAAGGCUUCAGUGGAGGUAUUUGGGUGUACUGGAAACCCGAGCUAGUGACAAUAAAUCCCAUAGAACAACAUAAUCAGUAUAUUACCAUGGAGAUAACUCGCAAUGGUGAAACCCCUUGGUACUUUACAGCUAUUUAUGCUAGUCCAGACCCAACUAAAAGACAUGAACUAUGGCAAAACCUGGAGGAGUUUGCUCACACCAAUGGGAAGCCUUGGAUGUUAGCAGGUGAUUUCAAUGAAACAAGGUAUGGGUGGGAAAGGAACUCUAGUUGCUCUGAAACUACAAGAAGAAGUGUGCGGUUUAAUCACUGGAUCGAAAGCAACCAGUUAUUGGAGGUGGAAUUUUCAGGACCAUCUCAUACAUGGGCGCGUGGAAACUCCGUUGAGACUAGAGCUGGCAAAAAUUGA